AUGUCUUUCAUCUUCCGUAGGAGCCAGGAAGAUACCACAGAUUCUCCCAAAGAAGACCUGGCCAUAGACGACAGCGCCGAUGUCUCAGAAGUUCUUUCUCCGCCUCCACGACAUGUUGAGAAGAGAAGCUCCUUCCUAGGCAGACUAAUGAGUGGAGCUCGUACGCCAUCGCCGUCUCCCAAGAGCGGCGAGAUUCAGGCAACCUCUUCAACUAAUAGCAUCAACUCAUUGCCGCCAUUGCCGCCGCUAAACCUAGUAGGUUAUAAGAAUUCGACCAAGCACAGACUUUUGGACGAAGAACUUGCUGGCAACAUCCGUAAUCUUGUUCCAGCACGACUCCAGUUAUUUGACGAAUGGACACUAGUUUAUUCCCUAGAACAGCAUGGAAUUUCUAUAAAUACACUCUACAGAAAUUGUGAUCCAGAGUAUCAGUUGCAGCAGCUAAAGAAAAAAAGAGUAGACAAGGGCUACGGUGACGCUAUAAUUAGAAACAUGGUAGUAGGGGCUUCUGGUCCAUAUAACAGCUACGAAACAAAACGGCCUCAAGGCUAUGUUUUGAUUGUGAAAGAUGAAAAGAAUUCCAAAUUCGGAUGUUACUUGAAUGAGAACCUCAAGAUAAUGGACCACAAGCGGUAUUACGGCAAUGGGGAAUGUUUCCUCUGGAAAUGCGAAACAUACGAUCCACAAUUACUUUCCCAUAACUCUAAUCCAAAUUUGAUUGAUUUUGAUUCGGAAAGUACUCCUAGUUCUCCUUCUUCACGCACUGCUACUCGUUUCAAGGCAUAUCCAUAUACGGGAAUUAACGACAACAUCAUCUAUUCUAAUCAUAAUUUCAUUUCUGUGGGUUCGUCCAACGGUCAGAAUGGGUUAUAUAUAGACAAGUCGCUAUACAAAGGUGUAAGCUGCGGGUGUGAAACGUUCGGUAACGAAAUCCUAAACACCUCAGACCCUGGGGCCAGAAUAGGCAGGUUCAAGAUUAUGGGCUUGGAAGUAUGGAGAAUAGGAACUCUCGAAUAG